AAAGCCAAACUUAAAUUAAAAAACAAAGCACGGACACAGUUAAACCGACUUAAUUACGUGUGCCCAGAUAUUAAACCUCAUGCGCUUGAGCAGCAUGGCACCACGCAUGCAGACUUGGUCAGAUGAAGACAGCAACAUUCUACCUUCUCCUCUUCCAUGUCUUCGCCUUCCUCUCCUCGCCCAGAACCGCCGGACGCGACGCCUCCAUCACCGGCAGCCAUGAUGAUCGAGAGCACGCCGUGGCGAUCACCGGCCAGCUGCCAGCCGUACCACCGGCGGCGCCGCUGGCCAGCUUCGCGCUCCUCUUCCCCAGCCUCCAGCAGAUCCGCGGCUUCUCCGUCGUCGGCGGGCGCAUGGCGGCGACGUCCACGAAGGGCGCCGGCGAUCGCGGCGGUGUUGUGGUCUGGGGCAUCCCUUGGUGGGAGUGGGGCAACCCCGCCGCGCCUUCCGCCCUCCGAGCCGCGCUCUGCCGCCUCUACGCCGAGGCGUACUGCGGGUCGUUCUGCAGCGUCGGGGAGCGGCGGCACCGGCACGUGCUGGUUGACGACAUGGCCGGCGGCGACGAGGACGUGCUGCAGAAGUGCAGGGUGAGGUGCGUUGCCGUUGCCGAUCUCCCCUGCCACGCUCUUGGUACAGGCGCCGAAACUCCGUAUUAUUCAGUGAUUUUUGACAGGUUGCGAUGGCUGGUUAUGAAUUCAUUAUCACUACGACCAUGGGUCCUACUUGCAACAACUUGGAUCAUUGUUUAUUUUCGUCUGAAAUAUAGGAUGGACAACGAAAGGAGAACUGAAAUCCGUACAAUAGAACAUCUUUCAGCGGAUGAGGUAGUCGAUUUACCACGAAGUCGUAUUGCUAGCGUUGCUUCCAUAGAUCUGCCUACAAUGGAAAGAGCCACAGGAGGUUUCUCCAAGAGGAAUAUCAUCGGUGAAGGUGGUUUUGCCAUUGUUUACAAGGGCAAACUACCCCAGAAUCAUGUCCUCGCAAGGGAUUUACAUUACCAAAGGAAGAUUGCGGUGAAGAGGCUUAAACCAUCGGCUCAGUCCACAAAAGGCUUGAAUGAUUUCACCAGAGAAGUGGAGCUGAUGUCCAGGUUUAGACAUGGCAACCUCAGCCGGCUCCUCGCCUACUGCACUGAAGGUGACGAGAGAAUACUCGUGUAUGAGUACAUGCCAAAGAGGAGUCUGGAUGUCUACAUAUUCGGUACACCAAAACAUCGGGCAUCUCUAAAUUGGGCAAAGAGACUAGAGAUUAUCCAUGGGAUGGCCAAAGGUGUCAACUACCUUCAUGAAGGAUCAAGGGAGAUUGUCAUUCACAGGGAUCUGAAGCCUUCCAAUGUGCUCUUGGAUGAUGAAUUCACUCCAAAGAUAGCAGACUUUGGCGCAACUAAAACACUUGUUGCUGAUGACACUGGAUCUCAGACUAUAGUUUUUUCACCGUAAGGAAAUGUUUUAUUGCAUAAUAAAAGACAAACACAUAUAUACACCCACAUAUUGCACAAACUAGUAAUUAUGCACCCUUUAAUACCAUGAUCAGAUAGAGA